AAAGAAAAAGGCAGGCUGAAGUGAUCAGGCGGUGUCCGGUUCACACCUUCUAUAGCUUUUCUCAGCCACACCGCGUUUUUGUUGUCGUUGUAAUAACUCUCUUUUUCUCUGCCUGUAUGCUUUUGUUGACGCUGGCGCUUUCCGGCGAUUCUGCACAAUAUUCCUCGCCGGGAAGUCGAUGAGAUCCUGAAGAAAUUUGAGGUCGAUUUGAUUGAGAUUUGUUCUGCUUUCUUCUUCUCUUUUUUCCUCUUUCGAAGUUCGGUGUGGUGGAAUUUGGAGCUGGUGAUUUUGGGUAAUGAGUGUUCUUAGGAAAUUUGGGAAGGACUGAGAAUUUGUUGAGGAAAUCCAAUUAUCGUUUGAUGCAUUCAAUAAGGAUUUAACUGUUUUUUCCCCUUGAUCUGGUUAUACUUUUGGCAAUUUUGGAUCUUGAAGAUUCUGAUAGGAAAAGAGUUGAGUAAGCAAAGUUUUGCAUUUUCCCGGUUGAUUCGAUUUCAUUCGACCAAAAUCAGGGCUUCCUGUUGGCAUUACGGAACCUACAUUGUUCAAUUUUUUGAGAUAAGAAGAGUAAACGACUCGUCGUUUGGAAAGGGUAGUGUAUGGAGAGAAAUGUGCAGGAUAGAAAGGAGCGAUAGGAAGAGUGGUGAAAUUGGGGAGAGAAGAGAAAGAGAAAAGGAAAUGGGAACGAGUAAAGGAGUGGAGAAGGUGAAGAGUAUAUCGAGGUCCAAAAUGAAGAUGUGGAUGAUACGCGCCACCACUUCGGUGUUGUUGUGGACAUGUGUCGUUCAAUUGACGACGAUCGGUGAGAUGUGGGGGCCUAGGGUUUUGAAAGGAUGGCCCUCUUGUUUCUCGCACGAAUCAGCUGCCGCCCUGGAGGAGAAGGUUCUCACUGUGCCUGCUCGAGUGCUGCCACCGAAGAGGGUUUACAAGAAUAAUGGCUACCUCAUGGUUUCAUGCAAUGGAGGUCUGAAUCAAAUGAGAGCAGCGAUUUGCGAUAUGGUUGCUAUUGCAAGAUAUCUGAAUGUAACGCUUAUAGUUCCAGAGCUUGAUAAAACUUCCUUUUGGGCUGAUCCAAGUGAGUUUCAAGAUAUAUUUGAUGUAGAACAUUUCAUUGCAUCAUUGAGAGAUGAGGUCCGUAUAUUGAAAGAAUUGCCUCCUAGGCUGAAGAGAAGAAUGGAGCUAGGGAUGACUCGUACAAUGGCUCCAGUUAGUUGGUCUGAUAUAUCUUAUUAUCAUAACCAGAUUCUUCCUUUGAUACAGAAGUACAAAGUUUUACAUCUUAAUAGGACCGAUGCUCGACUUGCCAAUAAUCAUCAACCUCUGGAGAUUCAGAAGUUGCGCUGUCGUGUAAAUUUUAGUGCUUUGAGAUUUACUUCUCAGAUUGAGGAGUUGGGUAAAAGAGUUAUAAAGCUUCUUAGGCAAAAUGGUCCAUUUCUAGUGCUUCACCUUAGAUAUGAGAUGGACAUGUUAGCCUUUUCUGGUUGUACUCAAGGUUGCAACAAUGAGGAGGUAGAAGAAUUGACAAGAAUGAGGUAUGCUUAUCCUUGGUGGAAAGAGAAAAUAAUAAAUUCUGACUUGAAAAGGAAAGAUGGGCUGUGCCCUUUGACCCCAGAGGAAACAGCCCUUACAUUAAGGGCAUUGGAUAUCGAUCCAAAUAUACAGAUCUAUAUUGCAGCGGGCGAGAUAUAUGGUGGAGAAAGGAGAAUGACCAGUCUUGCAGCUGCUUACCCCAAACUGGUCAGAAAGGAAACGCUGUUGGAACCUUCAGACCUUAGGUUUUUUGAGAAUCACUCAUCUCAGAUGGCAGCACUAGAUUAUCUUGUCUCAUUGGAGAGUGAUGUCUUUGUCCCCACAUACGAUGGAAACAUGGCCAAAGUUGUUGAAGGCCAUAGGCGAUUCCUGGGGUUCAAGAAGACAAUUUUACUGGACAGGAGGCUUUUGGUUGAUCUGAUAGAUAGGUACAAUAAUGGAUCACUGAGUUGGGAUGAGUUCUCUUUUGCUGUAAAAGAAUCACAUGCAAAUCGGAUGGGGAACCCAGUGAAGAGGUUGGUGAUUCCGGAGAGGCCAAAAGAGGAGGAUUACUUCUAUUCCAACCCAGAAGAGUGUUUAUCGUCUUCAGAGGAUCCUUUGGAUCCUUUGAGUAGCACGUGACAAUUAUUAUUUAGAAGAUUGUGAUGUUUAUUCUACCACAGAUGAAAGGAUAGUUCUCUACGCUGGAGGAAUAGCGAUAAAAGGAAGAUUUUGCAAUCAAGAAGAUAAUAUGGGGCUGGUAAACUUGAAGAAAGCCUGAGAUGAUGUAUGGGAGCGUUUGUAGGACGUUAUCAUCCUCUGGGUAUGUGCCAAUAAUCCAAUUCAUGUAUAGAAGCUGCCCUGCCAUUCCAGGGUGAUGUCCAAUCAACAAAAUCGGGUUUUACACCGAGGGAGGAAUGCAAAUAUAGACGUGGUCUACCAGAAAUAUGUUACCAAGGAAGGUCACUACAUCAUCAUCCUUCCAUUUUGUACUUCUUUUAUUGGUUCGAUUCUGAUAUUUGAUAGCGUCCACUCUAGCAAAUAUCGUAUUUUAGAAAUUUCUAUUCCCUUAUUAUUACUGAGAUGGAUGUUUGCUUCUCCCUGCUUUGGUCAAGUCCGGCUUAAACUUCGGAGGAAAUGGUCCCAAGUGCCAAUUAUGUAUUCUUUUAGUGCUUAUAUUGCUAUAAAUGGCAGCUGUUUAUGAA